GUCAUUCAAGACAGCACAGCAGUACAUACCGAACUUGCGUUCUUCCCAAAGUUCCCGGCAACUGAACUGGCACAUCUUACAUGCGCAAGAACAUCUACAUUCGUCUGCUGUCCUCAUGCAAGAAUCUGAGCUCUCUCCUCAAAGUACACGCGCGCAUGAUAAUAGCAGGCCUUGGUCAAGACGCCUCCACGACUACCCAUCUCAUAAACUCCUACUCUUCGCUUCAAAGAUGCGAUCUUGCCCGCUCCGUCCUCGAUUCCGCGCUGACUCCGACCGUUGUAUCCUGGAACUCCAUGAUAAGAGCUUAUUCGAGAUCGAACCGACACCAGGAGGCACUGAAGAUGUACCGUUCCAUGGUGAGCGUAGGCUUGGAACCAGACAGGUAUACUUUCACUUUUGUUUUGAAAGCUUGUGCCGGUGCACUGGAUAUGCAAGAGGGUGCUUCGAUCCAUCGUGAAGUUUGUCGCAGAGGGCUGGACAGGGAUGUGUUUAUAUGCACUGGUCUUAUUGAUAUGUAUUGUAAAACAGGGUAUUUGGAGAGUGCACGAGAAAUAUUUGAUCAUUUGCAUGUGAGAGACGUCGUUACGUGGAACUCGAUGAUUGCCGGCCUAUCGCACAGCUUGGAUCCUAUCGAGGCUUUGUCACUCUUUAAGAGAAUGCAGCUGACGAGAGUGGUUCCCCAGUCGGUCAGCCUGUUGAAUUUGUUUCCGGCUAUUUCAAGAUUGGCUGAUGUUGAUUCGUGCAGAUGUAUGCAUGCCUAUGGGAUUAGGAUGGAUUUUGGCUUGGAAUUUUCGAAUGCUCUGAUUGACACAUACGCAAAGUGUGGUGAUGUAGAGUCGGCUCGCUUAGUGUUUGACCUUAUUUUUACUCAAGAUGAUGUUUCGUGGAGUACCAUGAUGGCUGGAUAUGCUCAUAAUGGAUGUUUCUCUGAGGUAUUGGGUUUAUAUGACAAAAUGAAAGAGAGAGAUCUUCAGAUGAAUAAGGUUUCUGUCAUAAGUGCUCUAUUAGCUGCAGGAGAUAUAAAAGAUUUAGAGAAGGGGAAGGAGAUACAUAAUUUUGCCAAAAAAAAAGCUAUUGACAUGGAUGUUGUUGUUGCUACUCCAACUAUAACCAUGUAUGCAAAGUGUGGAGAGUUGGAGAAAGCUGAAAAAUUGCUUAAGGGGCUCCCGGGAAGGGAUCUAGUUGCUUGGUCUGCACUCAUUGCCGUUCUUGUCCAAUCUGGUUAUCCUGAAAAGGCAUUAUCUUUACUUCAAGAUAUGGAGAAUGAAAACAUUAAACCGAAUAAGGUAACUCUGAUGAGUAUCCUUCCAGCCUGCGCUGAACUAUCUUCUCUGAGAUUAGGCAAGAGCAUACACUGUUGUGCCAUCAAGGCGGAUGUUGAUUCUGACAUUCCAAUGGGAACAGCCCUAAUGUCCAUGUAUGCUAAAUGUGGACAUUUUCGUUAUGCACACAUUCUAUUUGACACCAUGCAAUCUAAAGAUGUUGUGACGUGGAAUGCUUUGAUAAAUGGGUAUUCUCAGAAUGGUGAAGCGGACCGAGCAAUUGAAAUGUACCAGAAACUGCAGUGUUCUGGUCUACACCCAGAUGCUGGAACUAUGGUGGGCUUGAUACCAGCUUGUGCCCUCUACAAUGAUCUCAAGCAAGGAACUUCUGUUCACGCUCUGAGUAUUAAGAGUGGGUUUGAUUCUGAUUGCCAUGUCAAUAGUGCACUCAUUGACAUGUAUUCCAAGUGUGGCAAUCUUCCCUCGGCAUUGUACUUGUUUAACCGACUGGAUUUCAUUAGAGAUGAGGUAUCUUGGAAUAUAAUGAUUGCCGCAUUCACACAGAAUGGAGAAGCCAAGAAAGCUUUAUCUGCAUUUCACCAGAUGAGAUUGGAGAAUCAUCAGCCAAAUUUAGUUACCUAUGUGAGCAUCCUUCCUGCAGCAGCAUACUUGGCAGCCCUGAGAGAAGGGAUGAGUUACCAUUCUUGUAUCAUUAAGAUGGGAUUUCUGUCACAUGUGAUGGUUGGCAAUAGUCUCAUUGAUAUGUAUGCUAAGUGUGGCAAGAUUGAUUUGUCUAAGAGAUGUUUCGAUGAGAUACAAAACAAGGACAUAGCCUCCUGGAAUUCUAUGCUGGCGGGAUACGCAGUACAUGGUGAAGGGGACCAUGCCAUUGCACUUUUCUUGCUGAUGCAAAAAAACCACAUAGAAGUUGAUUCUGUGUCCUAUGUGAAUGUUUUGUCUGCUUGCAGACAUGCAGGUUUGAUAGAAGAAGGAAAGAAGAUUUUCCAUACUAUGCAAGAAGAAAGCAGGAUUCAGCCAGAUGCCAAACAUUACGCAUGUAUGGUAGACUUGUUAGGCCGAGCUGGCUUAUUUGAUGAAACACUGAGCCUAAUUGAGAAAAUGCCAAUGGAACCUGAUGCUGGAGUAUGGGGAGCUUUACUGGGGGCCAGCAUGAUGCAUUCUAAUGUGAAGUUGGGUGAAGUUGCAUUGAAGCGUCUUGCUGAAAUUGAGCCUGGGAACCCGACACACUUCGUAGUUUUAUCAAACAUGUAUGCUCAAUCUGGUAGGUGGGCAGAUGCAGGAAAGAGAAGGUUAAACCUAAAAGACACCGGGAUGAAGAAAACACCUGGUUGUAGCUGGUUUGAAUUGAAAAACAGGAUUCACACAUCUCUGGUGGGUGACUCAAAUCACCCCUAAUACGAGAAAAUGCAAAUUUUGUGAAACAGUUUGCUCGAGAAGAUGGAAAAUGUGGCGCAUAUUCCCGACAGGAGCUGUGUCCUGCAGAAUGUGGUGGAAGAAAUAACAGUUCCUUCAGAGUCAUAGUGAAAGACCAGCCUUAACUUUUGCCCUUCAAAAUACAGAACCUGUAUCCACAAACUGGAGAGUUAAGAAUCUUCGUAUAUGUGUAGACUGCCGCCAUACAGCUAUCAUAUACAUUGCAAAAGUUACAAGCCGCAGAAUCAUUGUGCAAGAUGCCACCCUUUUGCAUCACUUGGGGGAGGGCAUCUUCUUGUGUGAGGACUACGGGUGACUUUGCUGCAACAUGCCAAUUUGACAAUCUGUAGCACAAUGCUUAAAGAGAAGAAUGAGUGGUGACAGUGGCCACACAUUAAUCCAGCAUUACAAGAAUUUUGGAUUGGAGAAGCGAGAACACCAAUCUGUCAGCUGCAUGGUCUUGUUUGGGGAGGAGGUGAACCUUAUAAUCUCUCCCCUUGUUCUUUUCUUCAAAGCCGACAAUAUGCUUCCUGCUAGGGGUGGAGAUCCCAUUGAGCCGCAGAAUUGUUAUAUUUUGAGGAUCAUAUGUAAUUUGCAUCGUGAAUGCAAAGGAGAGGUAUCAUGUUCAUUGCAUACUCCUUUCUUCAGUGCGUGUAUAUUUUCCUGUGCCAUGCUGGAGCAGUCUCACACAUGAUAUUAUAAUCCACUUUGAUGAAGCAACAGAAUGCGGCGGUUGGACAAUGAAAAAAGGAUGACAAGGAAGGAGCAACACUGAAGAUGGAGAUGAAAGUAAGGCUGCUAAUUGGCUAUUGCUAGGAAAAUGCCAAGUAAAGACAAGAUAGAGGUGGCAAAGAUGGCGGCAAAGCGACAAGGAAGAAGCUGCAACAAAGAAGCCAGAGGAAGAGCACUGACAACAACGAACAGUGGUUCGCAGGGCUGCGGCUGAGUAAGAUUGAGAGGGGAGGGGGCAUCUGGGUUUUCCAAUACUCUCAUGUUCAUGAGUUACUCUGAGUCGAAGUGUUAAUAAAUUCAAGCUUGCUCGUGGCUGCUGGAAUAGCUCGAACUCGAGGGAGAAAAAUUGCUAAGCUCGUAAUUCGCUUAUGCCCUUGGCUUUGACUAGUGAAAACGUAGGCCGCAGGAUACUCUUGUCCGUGUAUCUUUUAGCCAGUGUGCAAAGCAAAUCUUGUUGUCAAAUCAGUGACAGCCAUUACUUGUAUCAUGAACCGAUAAGAGAAGGUUGCGUAUGAACAGGCUAUGGAGGAAUUGCUCAC